AUGUGUGAAGGGGAUAUGAGAGUUGCUAAUAUUGAGGAUGAACUCCUUCACCUGAAAAACCGUGUAGAACAACUGGAGGAAACAACACAGAAACAGUCAGAUCUGCUGUCUACCUUGCAAGAGACAGUUGACAAACUUCAAGAGACGACUCAUAGACAGGCUGGACUGAUCAUCUACCUUAAGAAGAAGAAUAGGGUAUAUGGAAGGUUAAUAGAGAAACAAACAUUCAUGCUUGUAAAGCGGGCGAGGAAGGGAGGUCAUGAUAUUGGUGACUUUGACAUUCAAAAUUUGACAAAAUUUUACACACAAAUGAAUUCUAAUAAACAUGGUGAUAAAGUGAUCAGACGAAUUUCACAACGUAAGCAUAUAACAUUGUCACAGGGCGAUCCUAUUGCUCGCAAAGAACGUCUUCUCCUCCCUUUACCAAUACCAGCAAUUACCACUGAGACCGUAGCCUUUUAUGCUUAUAUGACAUCACCUGCAACCAAUAUCGGUCCGCACCAUGUUCUGGUAUUUGAUUCUGUUAAAACAAAUGCUGGCAAUGGUUUUCAUCAAAAUACGGGCAUAUUCAUCGCCCCAAAAUCAGGAUUAUACGUGUUUUACUGGAAUAUUCGGAUCAUUAAUGAGCAGUACCAUUCCGUAGAACUUGUUGUCAACAAGGAUCAGGUUGGCGUCUUUCUCCAGCAGUCUACGACUGGGCAUAACUCACAGAGCGGAAAUCUUGCUGUUGUUCAUGUAAACCAGGGAGACGACGUGUUUGUUAGAACAAUUGCAAAUGGCCAUGUUGGGGAUGUACAUAAUGAUAACUGGGGGCGUUCAUCCUUCUCUGGUUGGCUUUUAUAA